CAACCCAUCGCUGCGUGAAGCGCAGUUGGAGUUGUUGUGUUGGUUGAGUGUUGACUGGUAUGGAAAUGAGGUAUAAAUCUCCGUGUUAGCAGCAGGUGUAAAGCCCAGUGUGUGAGGAGAGGCGUGGGUGAGGGCGCGGAGUGGUCCACCGGGGCGGGGGUGUGCUGGAAGAUCACCAGGGUGGUGGAGGCGUGAGUUUGACCUACGAGGGGGGGUCAGUUGCAGGAGGACCACCGCACCAGCUGCUUGUGUGCAUGUUCACCCUCCCUCCCAGUCUCUCUACACAUGUUCUCCAAGCAUAUGCAUCCUUAAAUGUGAACGAAACAAAAAGUGGGCAAUAUCUCGUAUUACGAAAUAUCCGCAGCAUCAAAGACCUCUACGGACGUUAUUCGGCCUACAAGUUAUCCACGUACAGUAGAAAUAGAUUACACCUUCACAAAACAUAAAUAAGUUAACCCAGAAAAUGGACUCUCACCAAUCAGUAGUCUUGUGUGUUGUGUACGCCAUGUUCCUCAUGCUGGGGGGAGUAAUGUUCAUGUUCCUGGAACAUGAGAUGAGUGAGACCAUAGAAAUCACCGAGCCACCAGAAUGGACCCGCCUUAAAGAGGUGGCGCUGCAGGUGGAGCCGCCGCCAGACGAAGGGGAGCUGCUGAGCCUGGCACUGUGGCUGCCCAAGGCGUGCCCUGACAUCGAGAACAACACCGUCCACACCCUCGUCGUCCCUGGUCAACGGGUGUAUGCGAUCAACGAGGUGGAGCGAGAGUGUCCCCAUCUGCACGUUGAGAACGUCACGGUGGAGGUCCGCUACCCCUGGGGCUUCAUGGAUGCUCUCUUCUUCUCCAUGACUGUCAUCACCACCAUAGGAUACGGGAACAUAUCGCCAUCGCAGGCCCCGGCGCAGAUAACGUGCAUCUUGUACUCUCUGGUCGGGAUCCCUCUCACCGGCAUCCUGCUAGCCUGGUCCUCAGAGUUCUUCGGUGAACAACUCUUCAAACUCUUCAAGUCAAAGCUGGACGUACAGAAGCAACAUUCCCGUGGGGUGAUUGCUAUGGCAACGGCCAUCUACAUCUUUAUUGGCUUCGUGGUGUUCAUCUUCAUCCCCGGGGCGGUGUUCGUGACCCUGGAGGAGUGGACCUACGUCGAGAGCAUCUACUACGCCUACAUUACCCUCACUACCAUAGGCUUCGGCGACCUAGUACCUGGCCAAGGUUACGACGGAUGGUCGCUGUAUAUCUACCAGAUCUGUGUCAUCUUGUGGGUGUUGAUCGGCCUGGGCUACUGGGUGAUGGUGGCCAACUUCAUCACAAAGGCCCUCAAGUCGAAGAAGCUACAGAGCUCCGUGAUGCGCAGCGCUGAGGAGAUGAGGAAGAUCAUGCAGCAGAUGGGUAUUAAGCAGCAUGACCCGACCUUCCUCAGGCAGCACUCUAAGGCUACUCUCAAUCUCAUGCUUCAGCUGAGCAACAUCAUCGCGGUGCAGGGAGGAGGGACGGAUAACGGGAUAGGCGUGAACGGCAGCGGUCCUUCAUCUCCCGGGGGCCACAGCUCCCCAGCCUCCCCGCCACUCUCACCCAUUCCUGGCAUCUCGGCUCUCUUUGGCAACGGUCUCUCGCGGUCGGCCCCACUCAGCCACCUCAUGGGCCCCAUGCGUAGGGAGCUUGCUAUGAGGUGCAUUUCGAGAGAAAAGAAACCAGUCACAUACGAGCAGACCAUCGACCUCUCUGACGAAAGCCCUGCCAGCCUGGAGGUCACCACGAAUGAUGAAGUCGACCUCUACCACCAAACAGACGAGGUCAAGUUCCGUUCUUCAAAAUCAAGCUCUUUCGAUCUAUUGGAUUCUUCAUUCGGCCAGUUUCCUUCCUUCGACCCUAAGGACUCGAUUCUCAAACCAAAAGCUUCUUUCUUGAAGGCCAAUGGCUCCCAAACUACUCUUAGCUCACAGAACAAGUGCGAAGUGAUGCUGUCGCUAGACACAGAGGCAAUGUCCUAAUGAUAGUCCACGAUUUAGGUCGCGAUCCCUUUCAGUGAAAUUCAUUAAGAGUAGAAAUGAAAGUGUUACGUUCAAUGUCAGAAGCAGAAGUGUUCUACAUAUCUGCAGUAUUGUCCGCCGUCCCUACAACACAAGUUUGAUUGAGUUUCAUAUAUUCAAAUCACUGAAUAUGGCCAGUCUACCGUCACCCCCAUGCCAUAGCGACAUUGUUUAAUCAGUGCCUGAUCUUCAAUGAUAGGGCUUGUACGUGCCUAACAAUAUACCUAUUGUGAUUGUUGAGGUGUGUUUAUUUAGCCCCUUGUUUAGUAGUUGGACAAGAAGUUAAAUACCAAUAACGUUUUCCUAGCAAUGAGCAACUACCCAAAAUUAGACCGUGACGUUAAAUACUUCUGAAUCACGGCCCGUGAGUAGCUCUGGUGAUUCCAGAAAUAAACCAGAAAACAUCACUCACGAAAACGAUCUAUGCCAUUAAGGCUUUCAGCUUAGGUGAGUGUAGAUGAUACUGUAUCACGGUGGUUGUGACGGAGUAAUGACUCAACUGACUUCAUCAUCUAAUCUCUCGUCCAGAAGUAACAGAUAACCUGCUCGUUUUGUCAGAAUAUCUCUUCCUUGUCUGAUAGAAACACGCUGUGUAUCAAACUGUGUGCGCGGUCAAGUUGAAGUGUUGACCCCUGGUUACUGUCAACCUAAGUGAGGUGAGCCAUACAGGACAAGUCAGUUACGCCAAAAACACUUUCCCGAAGAUGAACAGACUCGAAACUGAUUAAUUGACCCAGUUCUGGCAUUACGUCUAGUAGAACAAGGCAGCACCCGGGAUAUCUAACGAGUUCUUGCUCGACUCCCACAUAUUUUUCCACAUUCAUGUGUUCUAGUCUUCAAAUGUUCUGUUUAAUUUGCAUUUCUCUGAUUUAUUUAGCUGUCAAUGGCUUGAAGUACUCCAAUCAUGUUCUCAUUUCCCAUGGUAACUUUCCAUUUGUAAAUAUGACUCUAGGAAUCUUUUGUGUUCAUGCAGACUGAUGAGCAAAGUUACAGAGCUACAACUUUUUAGCUCCUUGUCAGACCUUUGAGAAUUUCCUAUGUAAUAAUAUUUUUUUCUGAACAUAGGUCGUGCUCAAUUAGUUUAUAUUCCACUGUAAAUGACCAAAGACUAUUUGGAGAUGCACAACACGUUUUGCAACCGAUAACGUGAGCGAAUCUUUCUAUUUCAAUUGAUAUCUCUACAAUGGUGAACAGUGCGGAACACGGGAGAGAGGAACAGUGCGGAACACGGGUGAGAGGAACUGUGCGGAACACGGGCGGGUGAUGCAUAUACAUAUUCAUAUCCUGCAUAUUCUAUGCUAAAAAUUUAAAAUUAUAAAAAUGUAAACACUAAGCCUGCUAACCAAAUUUUGUUGUAUCUAUUACCUGUGUUGUGCAAAUUGUGUUGUGAUGAGUUUCUCUUUUUCACAACCUUUAUGCUUCUCAUUAUUAUUAAUUAUUAUUAUUAUUAUUAUAUUUUUUCAAAGAUUGUGAUACUGUUUGUUAUUAUAUAUUUUACUCACAUAAUCUUUUGCAUAAAAUAAACAACUCAACAUCA